UUUAUUUAAAUUAAAAGACAACAUUAAUUAAUAAUAACCUUGAAACAUAAUUAGGGUUAUAUCAUAGAGUAUAAAAAAAGAUAAGGCAUUUAUCAAGUUUUCACAAUAUAAUCUUAUAUUUAACUUCAAGGGUUAUAUUUGAACGCACUCUGCAAUUCUAAAUUGCAAUCUAACCUGUAAACUUAAGAAUCUGUCGUACCGUUUUGUUUCUAGCCAAUCAUCAUACCUUAAAAGGUAAUAAUUGUACAAUUUAAUUAAAUUAAUCUACGAAAUGUCUGAUCCGCGUAUACGAACUUUGAAAAUUAAGACCGGAGUAGUAAAACGUCUUGCAAAAGAAAAAGUUACUUAUGAAAAAGAAGCGGCGCAACAACGCCAAAGAAUACAGCAAUUAAAAGAACAGGAUAAGGAUGGAUAUGACAUUAAAAAGCAAGAAGAAGUUUUACAAGAAUCCCUAAUGAUGGUACCAGAUUGCCAACGUCGUCUUGUAAAAGCAUUCGAAGAAUUGAAGAGUAUUUUGGAUACCGAACAAGAUUUAAAAGAAGUCGAAGAUUACAUAGAGGCAGAAAAAGUAUUACAAGAAGCCGAAGCUCAACUUCCUAAAGAAGGAGAUAUUCUGCAAAUGUGUUAGAAGACAAUUUAAUU